AAGUUGCAUCGAUAUUUGACGUUGUGUACCGAACAGUGGAGACAAUGCAGUAAUUUCAAUCGAAUUUAAAAAUCUUCUUGACUCGACUUUUUAUUAAAUUUCGAUUUCCUACGACGUAUAUUUCUGAUAUAAAAGUAAUUUAAGAUGAAUUAAUAAAAAAUUUCAAAACAUAACACAUUUUAUACACAGAGAACGCUUAAGUAGCGUAUAAAAAUAAAAAGAUGUUUAAAAAGAAGAAACGUGGAGGUGACAAAGAGAAGAAAGUACGGAAAAAGUGUUUAAACGAACGAGAAACGGUAUCUUACGAACAACAAAUUCUAGACAACAAUAGACAACUGUCACGGCUACGCAGUCGAAAUGAGGAGCUUGAAAUCGAGGUAAAGAAUUUGACGAAGAAGUACGAGCAGUUGAAAGAGGAUCGAUCCGAUGUUGUGGCGCAUUUAAAACGAGACUUGGAGGGAAGAAUAGAAGAAGCUCGCGAACUAAACGAACGUUUAUCGGCCAUGGAAGAAUUGAGAAAGCAGGAGCAAGCAGAGUAUAAAAAGAAAGAAAAUGCGAUGGAACAAGAGUACCGUACUAUGGAAAGUAAUCUGAGCGCUGAAGUAAAACUUGCAGCUGGGAAGCUGAAUGCGUUGGAGGAUUGGAGAUUAGCCCGCUUGGAUUUAAUGCGUAAGUUUGAGAUACAAGAGGAAGAAAUGGCGAAACAAGAGGAAGUACACAAGACGACGCUUUAUGAAACAGAAAAAUCAGUCAUUGUUACUAAGGCUAAAAUGCAGAAGGAGAUGGAGGAACGAUUGAGGCAGCUCGCUCGAGAAUUCAAAGAAGCGACCAAUAUUCGCAUAGCAGACAUGAUGCAUAACACAGUCAGGAGGAACAUCGCGUUGAAUCACGAGUUGAAUUCGAUGUUGAAGAUUUGCCAGGAUCUGGAAAGAAAGAGCGCGCAAUGCAAAGAAACCGAUCGUACACUCAGGUUGCAGUGCGAAUUGCUCGAAGGCGAAGCCAAAAUAGCGCAGGAAGAUGUAAUAAAGUACAGACGUGCGAUGCAUGAUCUCGCCGAAGAGCACGUGGACACGGUCCUCGAAUACGGUCGAAUACAACGUGAGAACAUGAGACUCGGCAAUUACGAGCAAAUAAUGAGUGAAUACAAGGCGAGAUGCACGGAGUCGGAAGAGAAAGUGAAGGUUCUCGAGCGACAUUUACAGGAGACCAAAAAGGCCCGGGAGAAAGUCCUGAUGGAAGUGCGAAAAAAGUGCGAGGAAUUCGAUAACUUGAACAAGAUUCUGAACGAAGCCAAACAAAGCAUCCUGGAAGCGUUAGAGUUACAGGAGCAUGUCUGCACGAGCGAUACUUGUACUUCAUGUUGCGCUGAUCAGAAACAGAAGAUUAUUUAUUCGCUGCAGAAUAUACUCGAGAAGCAUAAUAUUUCCGAUGUAAUCGAAGAUGAUGAUUCACAGGUGGUGAAAACCGAGCAUAAAUCUUUGGAGUAAUAUUUCUUGUUCUAAUACACGCAGAGAGUUGGCUUCUGAUUAAUAUU